GAAAAUAACGUCAUCAGGAGCGACGGAAAUGGACGUGGAUGCGGAGCUUUUCCAUCCCGCGAAUUUGACUGCCUGUGAUUGCCUGACUGCCAGUAAACAUUUCAAUUUUUAGGUGGACGUAGUUAUUACAAACACCACUUAGACUUUAAGAUGAAGAUGACUUUUCAAGUACCUUGUAGGUGUAAUUCCUACAUAAGCUCUCCAUGUGAUGGUCUUUAAAAGAUUGCUGUGUGCAGGAUCCAGGCUGUUACAUGUGAGUGCCAAAAGAUUAUUCUGCAGCUCCCCAGAAGCCAUGAGGAGGAUUCAGAUUAAAAAAGUCUUGUGUGUGGCAGAGAAAAAUGAUGCUGCAAAGGGCAUUGCUGAGAUUCUGUCCAAUGGAAGAGCAAGAAGGAAAGAAGGUCUUUCACGGUUUAAUAAAAUAUAUGAGUAUGAGUACCAGAUGUUUGGACAGAAUGUUACAGUUCUCAUGACCUCCGUUUCUGGGCAUCUAUUAGCACUUGAGUUUAAGGCUCCCUUUAACAAAUGGCACAGUUGUAAUCCAGUAGUUUUAUUUGAUGCUGAAGUUGAGAAAUACUGUCCUGAAAACUAUGUGGAUAUCAAGAGAACUCUGGAGAGAGAAAGUCGUCAUUGUGAUGCCCUUGUAAUCUGGACUGAUUGUGAUCGUGAGGGAGAGAAUAUUGGCUUUGAGAUCACAGAAGUCUGUAAAGCAGUGAAGCCAAACCUUCAAGUGUUCCGAGCACGUUUUUCUGAGAUAACACCUAAUUCCAUCAGAAAUGCAUGGCAGAAUCUGUCAGAGCCAGAUCUCAAUACCAGUGAUGCUGUUGAUAUUAGGCAAGAACUGGACCUCCGAAUUGGUGCUGCAUUCACAAGAUUUCAGACUUUACGGCUUCAGAAGAUUUUUCCUAAUGUGCUCUCUGAUCAGUUAAUCAGUUAUGGCAGCUGUCAAUUUCCUACAUUGGGCUUUGUUGUGGAAAGAUUUAAAGCCAUUCAGGCUUUUAUUCCAGAAACAUUUUACAAAAUUAAAGUAACCCAUGAAACUGACGAUGGAGUUGUGGAUUUCAACUGGAAAAGAUACAGGUUGUUCAGUCAUACUGCGUGUUUGGUUCUCUAUCAGAUAUGCAUGGAGAGUCCCAUUGCCAAAGUAAUUGAAGUUUCCAGUAAGCCAAAAAGUAAAUGGAGACCUCUGCCUCUUGACACCAUUGAGCUUGAAAAGCUGGCAUCUCGGAAGCUCAAGAUAAAUGCAAAGGAGACCAUGAAAAUAGCAGAGAAACUGUACACCCAAGGGUUUAUAAGCUAUCCACGUACUGAAACAAAUAUUUUUCCUAAAGGCCUAAACCUUAGUUCUCUAGUGGAGCAGCAAACUCAGGAUGACCGCUGGGGUGCAUUUGCCCAGGGUAUUUUGGACAGGGGUGGGCCAACUCCUCGUAAUGGGACAAAAUCUGAUCAGGCUCAUCCCCCAAUCCACCCAACUAAAUAUACCAACAACCUUCAGGGAAACGAGCAGCGUGUAUAUGAAUUCAUUGUUCGUCAUUUUCUGGCCUGCUGCUCCCAGGACGCACAAGGGAUGGAAACCACAGUUGACAUUGACAUUGCCAAAGAGCAGUUCUCAGCUCAUGGCUUAAUGAUUAUUGCAAGAAACUACUUGGAUGUCUAUCCUUAUGAUAAGUGGACUGCAAAGGUUAUUCCUGUUUAUGAACAGGGGUCGCAAUUUCAGCCAUCCACUAUUGAAAUGGUAGAUGGUGAGACCAGUCCACCGCAGCUGCUUACUGAAGCUGAUCUCAUUGCCCUAAUGGAGAAACAUGGCAUUGGCACAGAUGCAACACAUGCAGACCACAUAGAAACAAUAAAGUCGAGGAUGUAUGUUGGACUUACAGCAGAUCAAAGGUUUCUCCCAGGGGAGUUAGGAAUGGGAUUAGUUGAAGGAUAUGAUUCCAUGGGUUAUGAAAUGUCUAAACCAGACUUGAGAGCAGAGCUUGAAGCUGACCUAAAGUUAAUCUGUGAAGGGAGAAAAGAUAAAUUUACAGUAUUGAGGCAGCAAAUACAAAAAUACAAACAAGUCUUUAUUGAAGCAGCAAGAAAAGCAAAAAAACUAGAUGAAGCACUGUCCAGUUAUUUUGGUGAGGCAAGAGAAUUCACUGAGAGUGAACAGAUUCAAAUGGAGAUUCCCCUUCCAGUACGGAAAUGUCCGCAGUGCAACAAGGACAUGGUGCUAAGAGCAAAAAAAGAUGGCAAAGGGUUUUACUUGUCAUGUACAGGCUACCCUGGAUGCAGAGUGGCUGUAUGGUUCCCUGAUUCAGUUCUUGAAGUCAGCAGAGAUGAAAGUGUCUGUCCUACUUGCCGUCCACAUCCUGUGCAAAUGAUGAAGUUUAAAUUCAAGAGAGGAAGUCUUCCACCCACAAUGCCUCUGGAAUUUGUUGGCUGUAUUGGGGGUUGUGAUGAAAUGCUGAAUGAAAUUCUUGAUCUUAAAUAUUUAAGGGGUGUUGGUAGCCAAGAAACAAUCUCUCAGGCCAGACCAGCAUCUGCAACUAACCAUCUGCAUAACAGUCAGCCUCGGAAUCCGCUAAACAGGACAAGUGUUGGCCAUCGACAUCCAUCAAACUCCAAAGAAAACAGAAGUGAAUUCAAAUUGCCUGGCAUUAGCCCUCCCCCAACUGUACCAACUGGAGACAAUGCCAUUGUCUGUAACUGUCAACAAGAUGCUAUUCUGUUAACCGUAAAAAAGGAAGGACCAAACCAGGGGCGGCAAUUCUACAAGUGCAGUACUGGAAAUUGCAACUUCUUUUUGUGGGCAGAUCAACAGGCACAUGGGGGAGACAAUAUGGCAAACAGAAGCUUCUUAACCUCAGUACAGCCUCUCCAGUCUGUAAACCCAUUUCAGUGCUCUAGUUCAAAUGUUUAUGCAGGCAGUGGAGGAGACAAUGUUGUGUGCAGAUGUAAUGAACCCACAGUGAGGCGCACAGUAAUGAAGGAUGGGCCUAAUAAAGGACGCCCUUUUCACACAUGUCCAAAACCCAGGGAACAGCAGUGCGGCUUCUUCCAGUGGGCUGAUGAAAACGUGCCUCCAGGAUCAACUGGAGAGGAGUUUGCAGGAGCCAGAAGAGGAGGUGGUCCAAAGACAAAGAGACCAAGUCCCAGUUUCACCGUUAAUGGAUCUACAAUGAAGCGACAGCGGACAUGUGGCAUCUGCCACCAGCCAGGCCACACCAAAACCAAAUGCCCUCAGCGUCAAUGAAGGUGGACAUCUAGAAAUUGCUUGAUUUGAAUUGCACAUGAGAAUAUAAAUAUUUAACUCCUUUUAUAAAAGGGACUGUGGCCUGGAUUCUCUGUCCUAUUCAAGACUGUAAUGGAGCACAUUACUUGUUUGGGCCAUAGUGGCAAUCACAUAUAAAGAUAUGAUUACCAUUAAAAAGGACUGUGUCAUACCAGUCAAAGCUAGUCAGCGGCUUGGUUUUAUUAUUCAAGAAUACGUCUGGUGUAAGACAUAGUAUUGUUAAGAAUUGUUCAGAUUUUGUUGUUGGAAGAGUUUCAGAAAUGAAAGCUCUAUGGUUUUAUUGGAUACUUUGGAAAUCAGUGAAAUAAUGGCUUAAUACAUAAAUCAGAAAUGUUUCAGUUACAGAUUAGGACAAUAUGCAUUAGUUUUAAGGUAUUUGCACUCAAGUUUUACCUUUCAGUUUAUAGCAGAAUUAAAAAAUGUAUAAUACCUGU